AUGUUUUCACUACCGGCCGCAAGGCAAAUAAAGGAUAUGAGUACGUGGGGAGAAGCAUGGGAUAAACGUUUAAUUGAUGAAAAAGUGGGGUUUUAUCCAUAUGAAGAAUUUGAUGACGUUAAGGAAAUCGCUGAUGGUUCAUUUGGUAAUGUCUAUCGGGCUAACUGGAAAACCUCUGACAAAGUGGUCGUAAUAAAGAGUUUUGGAAAUUAUAACCAAAAUGCAAAACAAGUUAUUAAAGAUUUAAAGGCAUUGAAUUGUGAACAUGCAAAUUUUAUUCGAUUAUAUGGUCUGACCAAAAUAGAAAAUAAAGAUGAAGAAAACACAUCAAAAUAUCUUCUAAUUCUUGAAUGUGCGAAUGGUGGAACAUUACGUCAAUAUUUAAAGGAUCGGGUUCAAACUUUUGAUUGGCAUAUAAGAUUAAAUUUCUCUUUACAAAUAACCGGAGCUGUACAAUUUUUACACGAAAAGAAUAUAGUGCAUGUAUUUGCACUUAAAGCUCUAGAAAUUAAAAAGAAAACAUCUAUGCAUGAUCAAAAUUAUCUUGCUCGAGACUUAGACAUUAAGAAUCGAUUAAGUAUCGGUACUGAUAUUAAUUCACUCCGAAGUAUGCUGGGACAAUUGGCUUUAACACAUACCACUGAGCCAUCGAUUUUUAGACCUAAACCUUCAAACUUGGAUCCGUUGUUGAUUGAUUCAACCACAACCACCACCACUGCUUCAACUACGCUCAACACUCCUACACAACCAACUUCAGGACCGUCCGAAAUAAAUCCCGGGGUUUCAAUUGAACCAGAUGUCACCACCACAAGCUUUAAAUCUAAAAAUAAUGAACCACCAAUGUUUGAAAAAGAACAAAUUCAAGUUUUUGUUGAAGAGCCAAUAUCUACGAAAACGACUGAAACUAUUGAUAAUCAUGUAAUUGAUUCUAAAAAAUAUGAUUUUAUUUCUAAACUGGAAAAUAAACUUGAAAUCCCCAAAAAGGAAAUUCAAAAGCCAUUACCUGAAAAACUGCCAGAUAAAGAAUCUGAAAACAUUAAUUCUAAAGUAACAACUACAAUAGCCAUGAUGACUAAAAAAUCAGAGCCCGAUAAACUUACAUCAGAGCCAUCAAAGAAUGUUCCUUCAACUCCUUCUAAAAAAGUCGAAUCCUUGGCCAAUGGUUUAAACCAAAAGAUCUUAAAAACCGAAGAAGUGAAAAUUGGUUCUGAUGAGAAAAAAGUAAAUAAAGAAGAGUCACCAUCACUAAAUAAAAAACAAAAUCCUAAUCCUAUCAAUCCUAUUGACAAUGUUGUUACAAAAGAAAUUAAAAACACUUCAUCAUCAAAUAAUGGUGGUAUAUCAAUUAUUAAAAAAAGACUUUCAUUAUCAUUAAAUAACGACAGCAAUAGCACAAUUCCAAAACUCAUCAAAGAACCUAUCGUUAAUAGUUCUUCUAUUGCUAAACUUAAGUCAGACUUGGAAAACAAUAGUGCAAACGACAAAACAGAGAAAGUCCCGUUAGGAAAUCAGUCAAUGAAUAAAUUAAAUAAAGAUUUUUCGUUGGUUAAUGGCUCUUCAACUCCAAAGUCAGAUAAAGAAACAACAACAGCGAAUAAAUUAAACCCCAUUUCUGAAUUUCAACAAAAAGAAGAUACAGCGACACAGAAUACCGAUUCAUCACUACUUCUUGGUUUAGGAAAUUCUGUAAAAAAUUUUAAAGAUAAACUUGAGCCCCCUGCACCAACAAAGCCUAAUCCUCCUUCUACAAAAUCAGUAAAGAGUAGGAGAAUAAGCAUUUCAUCAGCUAAAUCUGACGAUUCCUCUAAAGGAGAUAUUUAUACACCACCAAAAUUAUCAAGGAGAAUAUCUAUUAAAAAAUCUGAUAUACCUACCAGGCCUGACUUUCCACGAUUAAAAAGUACUUCACCGCCUAAAAUACCAGAUUUUACAUUAACGAUACAACCCUUACCAAAAAAUGAAACAGAUUUGUCACAAAUUAUUAUUCAAAGAACUGAAAGUGCCUUAACAAUCAAAAGUUCUUCAAAAUCUAAAUCAUCAUGGAUAUCUGAAACUCAGAUUAAUUCCAAUGGGACCAUCGAUGAUAUAGCUCAAACUCCAGGUAAAAGAAGGCCACACUAUAAGAGUCUUCUAGGUUACUUUUACUAUGCGGCUAUUGGAACUGGUGAAGAUGACGAAAAAGCAUUUGAUUUAUUUCUAGCAGGAGCAAAAAAUGCAAUCCCGAUUGCACAAUUUUAUCUCGCAAAAUGUUAUCAAUUUGGCUAUGGUACAUCAAGAAGUGACAAGUUAACAUUUUUCUGGUAUAGAAAGGCUGCAUUUUAUGGGAGUGCGGCAGGAGAAAACGAACUAGGAUAUUGCUAUCGAGAUGGAAUAGGCACAUUGAGGGAUUCUGAUAAAGCAUUUGAAUGGUUUAGUAGAUCUGCGAAAAGGGGAAACCUUGAGGGUUUAUGUAAUAUUGGAACAUGUUAUGAACUUGGGAAAGGAGUUAGAAAGAAUUUGAAGAAAGCAUUUGAAAUAUACAAUAGAACUGCAGAAGCAGGGUUCAAAGAAGGACAGUAUAAUUUAGCAGCUUUUUAUGAAGCUGGCACAGGUGUACCAAAAGAUUUAGAUCAAGCAAUAUAUUGGUGUCAAAAGGCUGCUCAUACAGGAUUCAGAAGAGCUAAAGAAAAGUUAGCAAAAUUAUUGGCGCAAAAACAAAGUGAUGAAACAUCCAAUUCUUCAAAAGAAUAA